AAAAGGUCCAGAUAGCCGCCCAACCUGCAAGCUGUAAUAAAAUCUCAACACUAUGUUUUGAGAGCCCCAUCCAAAGCACACGACUGGGUUAUAUAAAGCACUCAUUCCUGUUCCUAUGAUCCAAAUCUCCUCCCUUACCAAGAGACACAAGACACCAUAAUAGAGAGACACGGAGGGAGGGAACUUAUCUAGCCCGGGUGGGUGCAAUGGGAGGCCUAAGGAAAAUACACUCUUCCUCAUUGUUCAUUUCUUUCCUACCUUUACUAACCAUCAUCGCCACCGCUGCUCCCGAUCAACAAGCUCUCGAUCAGAUCUCGGCACUCCCCGGGCAACCUCCAGUGUCCUUCAAGCAGUUCUCCGGCUAUGUCACAGUGAACGCGGAGCAUGGCAGGGCUCUCUUCUACUGGCUCACUGAAGCUGCCAAUGAUGCUGCUAAGAAGCCCCUGGUUCUUUGGCUAAAUGGAGGUCCCGGUUGCUCCUCGGUGGCUUAUGGCGCGUCGGAAGAAAUCGGACCGUUCCGGAUAAACCGAACCGGGUCAUCCCUCUAUCUUAAUAAAUACUCAUGGAAUAGAGAAGCAAACAUUUUAUUCCUGGAAUCGCCGGCUGGUGUUGGUUUCUCAUACACAAAUACUAGCUCUGAUCUUAAGACCUCUGGCGAUGAACGCACCGCUCAAGAUGCUCUCAUUUUUUUGAUCUCUUGGAUGUCGAGGUUCCCGCAGUACAAAUAUCGAGAGUUUUAUAUAUGUGGUGAGAGCUAUGCUGGUCACUACGUCCCUCAGCUAGCAAAGAAAAUCCUUGAUUACAAUAAAGCUUCUUCAGAGCAUUUCAUCAAUCUCAAGGGAUUUAUUGUGGGGAAUGCUGUAACUGAUUACUACCAUGAUAGCUUAGGCACAGUAUCCUACUGGUGGAGUCACUCCAUGAUCUCUGAUCGGACCUACCGAUCCAUCCUCUCCAACUGUAACUUCACCUCCACCAAAGGUUCACGCAGUUGUGAUCAUGUCAUCAACUAUGCCGUGAGCCAUGAGUUUGGUGACAUUGAUCAGUACAGCAUCUACACCCCCUCCUGCACUGCUCCCAACUUCACCGCUCCUCGAUCACUGAGGCUCAAAAACACCCUAAUUCGGCGCCGAUCAUAUGGCUAUGAUCCAUGCACCGAGAAUUAUGCUGAGAAAUACUACAAUCGGCCUGACGUGCAGGAGGCCAUGCAUGCAAACACUACCAGCAUUCCCUACAAAUGGACUGCAUGCAGUGAUUUGCUGCUCAAAACAUGGGGUGACUCGGAGUUGUCCAUGCUGCCUACCUACAAGGAGUUGAUUAGAGCCGGCUUAAGGAUAUGGGUGUUCAGCGGGGACACUGAUUCAGUGGUCCCGGUGACGGCCACAAGGUUCUCGAUCAAUCAUCUUAAUCUGACGGUCAAUAUCCCAUGGUAUCCAUGGUACAUAGGUAGACAGGUCGCGGGAUGGACUGAGGUGUAUGAAGGGUUGACGUUUGCCAUAGUGAGAGGAGCAGGGCAUGAGGUGCCCCUGUUGCAGCCAAGGAGAGCAUUCCGGCUCUUUCAGUCAUUCUUAGCAGGCAAACCACUGCCUAAGUCUUAACCAUGGCUACAUGGUUGUCUCUUAGUCUACAUAUCGAGUCUAAAGGGAUUUGGAUAGAGGGAUAGAAGAUGUACGGACUCUGAACACAUAAAGAUUCGGAAUUGGUUAAGGGGUGCUUGGAGGGAACCUCUGAGCUAAAGACUCUACCAUCCAAUUCACAUGGAAGCAAUUGAAAUCAGACUAUUCUGUGUGUAUGUGCACGCGUUGCAUGCGUGUGCAGAACAGUGCUUUAGCAAAUGAAUACUGCAAGGCUAAUAAGGGAACAAUAAAA